GCUCCAGUUAAGCACUCGUAGAUCGAUUGCUCAGGACUACCGCAUCCUUUCCCCCCCAAAAAGGCUGGCAUCUUUAAUAAACCUUCUUCAGUUCUCGUUAUUAACAGGCGAAAUGACUUAUGAGAAAGGUAAAAGAAACUGAAGGCUCAGUUAAUAUGACGAUUCUAUGCUCAUGUGAUAUCAGGAGCCCCUCAAACUAUGAGUACUGGAUGAAGAAUCAAGGACAGAGGAAAGACAGCUGAGUUGAUGGAAGGGAGAAGGAACCAAGCCUUCCUUUAGCCUUAGUGCUAAAAGGGUCAAGAGGAUGAGCCAUCAGGUUUGCAUAAUGCGAAGUGUAUGGGGUCUUCUGCUGCUGUGCCCCAUGUCAUGGACAUCAGAGCCAAUAGUCAUGGAAUUGGAAGCCUCCAUGCACUCCACUAUGCUCUCGGACAUGCAGGCAUCUGUAUCCAGAGUGUCAACAGUGUCCGACUCUGUUGCAGUGGUGGGUCAGAUGUUCAGGAUGAGGAUCCCACUGGUGUCAGAAGACUGUCGUGCUAUAGACAUUUUGUCUGGGAUUGGCAGUGCAGCAUUCCCUGACUGGCUUUAUUGGGAUAGUCAGCUAUGUCUUCUUCAAGGUCUACCAGUAGAGGGGGAUAAAGGUCUGUAUCAUUUCAGCUUGUCUUCAGAAGCCUUACAAAAUCAUGAUGGCAGUAUACAUAGUCACUUACUUCUCAGUGGAACUAAAUUGAGUAGUAGCUCUUACACUAACAGCUGGCAACCAGAUGUCUUCAUUAUCAAAGUAAACCCAGAAGAAAAACAGGACAUAGAAUCUGCACCGUUGGCAAUGCAGACACACACUAAUGCAACAAAUGUGUGUAUAUGUUCAAGUGGCCAGCCAGCCACUGUGCUAACUAUAAUCCUGGAUGCUGACCUCACAAAGAUGAACUCCAGGGAGCGACUGGUGCUGCUGCAGAAAAUGACUUAUUUUGCUAAUAAGCCACCAGAGCUAAUGCGGGUCAUGCCAGUUAUUAACAACCGUUUUUUUGAUAUGACUGCUUUUAUGGCUGGACCAGGAAAUGCAAAGAAGGUGGUGGAGAAUGGUGCACUGUUGUCAUGGAAAUUGGGUUGUGCACUUGACCAAAGCAGUCUGCCUGAUAUUAGUGGGGUCCAGGGGCCAGCAAAAGAUGGUACUAUGUCGACUCUACUGGGCUACCCAGUGGUUGGCUGGUACAUUGUCAAUAAGAAACCUCAGGUGUUCAAGCGUGUCAGAAGACAGACCCAUACCACUCCAACUCCUGUGCCUUCCCAGUUUCCACCAACCACUCACUUAGCACCUGCAGAGCGUAUUGUGCCUGCUCCAGCAUCCCCUUUCAUUGCUCUCUCUACAAAUGUGUUAGUAAAUCCUGCUCGUGGUCCUUUGCCCUUACCGGUUAAACCUACAAUCCGUAUGCGGGAUCAUAUAGCUUACACACCUGUUCUUAUUCAACCUCUACCCACUCAAGUCCUGGGCAGUACUAGCACUCUGCCCCUGCAACCAACACUGACUCGCCCUAGUUAUGAGGAGCCAACUGCCUCUGUUACUCCUCCAACCACUCGCAGACCCAAGACCUCCACCUCGAAAAAAGGUAAGAAAGCAAAAAUCACUCCAAUGCCUAGAGAACCAAAAACUACUGAUAUACCAUACAGCAGUCCAGUGACUAACCAAAAGCCUCAGUUACUUAACUCUAUUGGUGAAUUGAAUGUGUGGGUUGGGACAUACUUUGAGUUGAAGAUUCCAGCCAAUACGUUCUUUGAUCAGGAAGAUGGAAACACAGAAAAUUUACGGCUGUUAAUGCAAAUAAAUCUUUAUCAGGCACUGGAUCAGGGCUCUUGGAUACAAUUUAACAGCAGCAGUCAGCUCCUGUAUGGCCUUCCUGACCAGAGCCAUUUUGGCAGACAUGAAUUUCUAAUGAUAGCAAUAGAUAAAGAAAAUUCAAGCACCAUGGAUGAUUUUCAGGUUCACGUAAACAAUUGGCCGGUUGAUGACCAGUCACCAGUUGUGUUUACAGCUCGCUUUCAAGGAGAACCUACAAUGUUGACCAAUGAUCUCAACAAGAAAAUAUUAUUCUGCAAGAAACUUGCCUUUGCACUGGGUGAUCGAAAUAUCAGUGCUGUCACUCUAAGAAAAAUCUUAAGGGGUUCUAUUCUUGUGGAAUGGACCAAUAGCAGCUUGCCUAAGAAUACUUGUCCAGAACAACAGAUUCAUGAGAUGUGUCGCAGGAUUUCAGAUAAUCAAGGUCAUCCUACAUCCAUCUUUUACAGUGCAAUGGAGCCAGAGUUCAGACCCAUUAAUAUUGGGGCUCGUGGUGCCAACAAAUGCCAAAGGUACUCAUUCCUGCCACUAGGCAAUUUCUCCAUUCCUGUAUCAGCAGAGAAUAUUACUGGUCCUCUGCCAUCCACAGUUACACCUUCAUCUAGUUCAGGCUGGCACAGCAGCGAUGAUGUCUACUUACACACAGUUAUCCCUUCUAUAGUGGUGGCUGCCCUGCUGCUCACAGCUGGUUUCAUUGCAAUGGUUUGCUACAGAAAGAAACGGCAUGGAAAAUUGUCUACAGAGGAACAGGCCACCUUCAUCAAAAAGGGUGUUCCUAUUAUUUUUGCAGAUGAGUUGGAGGAUGCUAAAUCUCCACCCUCUUCCAGCAUGCCAUUGAUCUUACGUGAAGAGAAGCCACCUAUGGCUCCUCCCCAUUACCCUAGUUCUGCCUGUGGAGAAGUCCAUCAGAUCCUAGAGGAAUACAUCUCCUUCAAUGAUGACGAUGAUGAUGAUGAUGAUCCCAGUGCUCCUCCUUAUCAGCCUCCCCCUCCUUUUACAGUUCCUAUAGAGGGCAGAGGUUCUCGACCGAAGAACAUGUCAGCCUACAGGUGUCCACCACCCUAUGUGCCCCCCUAAUUAGAAAAAAAAAAUACAUUUCUGGCUUAUGGUCAAUUUAAGAAAAGACAUCAUAGUGGAAAUAUGGAAUAGAGUAAGUGACUGGUUUUGGGUGUGUGUGGACAAAGCCCUUGACCUUAAGGCAUGCUGCAUAAUUGAUGCUCUAAAUGACUCAGCAGUGCGUCAAAUAUACAAAACAUGGUAUUCUACAGGUCCAGACUUUAUAAGACCUUGCCUCAAACUCAUUGGGGACUCAUUGGGAAUGUCUGAACCAGUUACUACUGAGCAGUAACUAGGAUCUACUGAUUCAGAAAUAAGGUAAAUCCUAUACUUGCUGACCAUUUUGAAACUGACAGACUAAAAUGCUUUGCAUAUUCUACUGCCCCUGAGUGUCACACAAUCAGAUCGUCCCCAAAGCAGAGACGAGGCACUGCCUAAACACAUUUGUUGUCUGUAUAGUUGACGUUUCUGAUUUUUUAUAAUGAUAUUUUUUAAUGUCUAUACUUGGCUUAACUCAACAUUUAUAUGGAAUAUUAUGUUUCUAUGUUCUAUAAAAUAAAAGCAAACCAAUGGUUUUAUCUAUUUGAUCAUAAGCAGCCACAUAGGUAGACAGACAUUUGUGUAAAUGAUCUUUUCAGUCUAAUGUAGAAUCUCUUUUUGCUCCGUGUAUGCAAUGCAGAUCAAAACCUAUGUUGUCAUUAGAUUUGUUUUUCAAAUCAUGGUAUAAAUUAAUUUGCCGAUGGAAGUGCCAGACUCUUUGAAAUCCUGUAACCAACAAACUCUUUAAUAACCUAUUUUAGACAGUAGGUGAGUAACAAAUCUGAUGACUUAUUGUAGCUGAUCGAUAUCCAAAGUUUUUUUCUUACCAUGAAUUCUUCUAUGGUUCUAUCACUAUUAAAUUAUUAUACUAUUAAAGAUGUUUCAGUUGCUACCACAAUUAGCAAAUAGACAGUAUCCUUUUUCUUGUUUGCCCCCUUAUCUACUCUUAUUUUAAGUUUUUCCAUUCUCUUUGUUGUAUUGUGACACUGCAUUAGGUGUUUGUGUAGAAUUGUGUACUGGCUCCACCUGUGAAAUAAAAUACCAGAACACUAGAACUAAUAGAAUAAAAAAGGGUUUUAUGUUACAAGCAUUUUUUAAAAUAUGAUUAUUAUAUGGUAAAACAAAAAAAAUGCAGUAUGUUAUUUAAUCUGAUUUGACUGGAAUGUGCAUUAGCCUUGUGUUCUUGUGAAAGACUGAUCAUUAAAAGGAAAUAUGUGUUGGCUAAAAAUACAAGAAUGACCACAUGAAAACUGAAAAAAUUCUGCAAUCUCAAAAAUUUUGCUACUUUUUCGAUACCUCUGAAAAUUACAUAUAAAAUUUUUUCUUAUAAUACCCUAAAGUUGCAGUUUGUGCCAAAAGCUUUGGCUUUACAACAAUGAUACUACAUGCAGUGUACGACUCAGGAUGAACAUAUAAACUAAAAUCAAGCUAAAACAAUAAUCCCACCCCAAAGAUGCAGAGUGGGGUAUUCCUGCAACUGCUAAUAUAAUAAUAAAAUGUAAACGUCACAGUUUUAAAAUUUGAGUGUAAGUUUGUAUGUAGACAAUAUUAUUCCUCUUAUACCACAGCGAUUUGCCAACUAUUACCAUUUUUCUUUUAUUAAUAAACUACACAUUGUACUUUAACAGUUUCCAGUUACAUUUAAUGGGUCUUAUUUAUUAAGCUGGAUACUAAUGGAUUUAUUUGCAAAUUGUUUGUAUGAUUGUUUAGUAAAGAAAUAUAGUAUUCAUGAAAAUCUAGAAAAAAGGUUAUGUAUACUGAGUGUGUGAAAAUGUUUGCAUUUAUGUGUUGAAAGACUAAAAUCAAUGUCAGAGCUGUAUUGUUAUUGGAAAUUAAUCAACAGCUUCUGAUUCAAGGAGUUAGAAUCGCUGUGGUAUAGUAAUUGUAAUGAACAUACAUUCUUUUAAAGGUUGAAGAAAUCAUUAGGCACCGUCCCCACAGUACAUAGCAAUACCUGUUUGUUUUUUUUUGUUUUUUUUUUACAAAGAUUCGCUGGCCUAUAUUUACAUUUAUUUUACCUACAGAGCUGUUUACAAUGUUGAAAGUCAUUAAGUGAAUGUAAUCUACUGCAGUUGGCAUCCUGCAUUUUGUCUGUAAGAAGCAUUGUUAAUGGAAUGGCACAGAAUAAGCAGUCUGUAAUUAUCUGCGAUAAAAUCGUUAUAGUUAUGAAAUGUAAGACAAUAAUUAUGAUCUAACAGGAUAUAAAUGAGACUUGGAACAUCAUAUUUGUACUAGAGAAAAAAAAAUUGAGGCUGCUUAAGCAGAAAUAACAAACACGUCAUGACAAUAGAAGGAAGAAAAUGAAAGGAAAAUGUAAAUGUAAAAGCAAUAGUUUAAACCAUGGCAUUUAGAGGUGGACUAAGGAGAAUUAAAAUAAGCUACUCUACAAUUUCUUGAAAUGUCUUGACACUAGUUAUGAAUGAACACAGAAAUAACUGAGUAAACCUUCAGUGAAUAAGCAGUGUAUUUGUUAAAGGAUUCCUGGCAUGAGGUACUCAAUUACAGAUGAUCGUGUUUAAAGACAAAGAAUUCUGGUUUUUUUUUUUUUUUUAACAAUUAAAAAUGUAAAAAUGUAAACUAUUACUUUAUCAAGUAGUUUUUAAGUUUAUAUUGUUUUUGUUCUCUUCACUACAAUAAUUACAAUAAUAGACAAAUAAACAUUUUAUUCACACUACUCACUACUGUUCUUUGUGUCUCUGCCAAAUAAAUGAACAGCUACUACAUUCUACCAUGGUCCAUUAAUCCAUUUCGUGCAGUCUAGAUGGAAAGGCUUUCUAUAUUUAAUCAUAACUUUUGAAAAUACCAGAUUACAGGUUUGGGUAUAGAUAUUUUUUUGUUGGAAAUAAUGUAUUUUCACUAGUAACCGUAAGUAAGCAGGAAUUCAUUUUUAUUUAUAAACAUUUCAAAUCACAAAGAUUGACCAGAAUGUUGUGUAUAUUUGUAAUCAUAUUUAGUCAUUAUUCAGUGGGUGUGUGGUCACUCUUAGCCAAAAGCCAAUAGUAUCUGAGAGUAGUGGUACAGUAUAGUCUUCUUUGAGCAGUGGCUUUUGACACUACCACCUAUGCCCUCUGGAGGUUGUUGGUUAUGUCACCAACUGUCGGUUUGUAAGUUUUUCUUCACAGUUUUUCUUGGCUGAUCUGUAUGUGAUCUAACCUCUAUUUUCAUAGCUUUAAAUGGUUUGUUUUUAAAAUUAUAGACAGCUCUUUGUUCUUCAUGUUGGUCUAUCCUAUUUUAAAAAAAAAAAAAAAGAAGAGCUAUUCCUAUCAUCUUACAUUCAUUCAUCUUCUGAUCUCAAAACCCAAAGGUCUUCAGCGUAUAGCAAAACAGAAAUAAAGUACAUUUCUUGCUCCAUCAGUACUUUAAGCGAACUAUAUGUAGCUGGGACUUAAACUAUUAAGCAAAGAAAACAUUAGUACAAAUUGAAUCCUACAAUAGGUAGGGAGCCUCUUUUUUAGCUGCUUUUUUGCAUGUAAACUGUAAAUGAUCCACUGAAGGUACUAAAAUAGUACAAUCUGUAGAUUGUAAUCUUUAUAAUUUAAACAAUAUUAAGAUUUACUGUUACCACAUCACAGCAUGGUCCCUGGUUCAGUCUUUAGCUUACUGUCUGUAAAAAUGCAAAUGAGUGGCUUGGCUGUGGAAAAUUGCCCAUAGUGGUCUAUGGUGCAUUCUAAUGUGUUGUGCCCAUCGUUCCUGGGAUUGCCGGUUUCCACUGUUUCUCUGACAAGGUUAUUCAUUCUGAAAAUAAAUGAAUGAUUUGGAACAGAAUUCACCUAAAUAAAAUAAAUCAGUUGUGAACAAUAAAUUCCUUACCUGUUAACUCAACAAACCCUAUAAAAUGAAGGCACUGCCUUUGUUAUUAGAAUAUUUUUGAAAUAUUGUUUUAAUGAACUCAAAAACCAUAAUAUUGUUAAAAAAUAUUUAAUGAGGUUGUCACAAUAAAUAAUUUAUUUUUCUUCCUUGCGUUCUGGAUAACAGGGCAGUUUCAUUUGAACCUCAUGGACACUCUGUGUGUGUACAUUAGAUUAGAUUUUAAAGUCAUGAUGUGACUAGGAAAAAGUGUUUAAUAUGCAAGGUAAGACAAAUUACUAAAUUUCUACACACUUUUGGCAAUGGUGAGGAGUGUUUGAUUUGUUGCUCUUGCUUUUUUUUUCUUUGAGGUGUUGUUCAAAGAGACUUUAAGAGGUCUAAUAUGACUUUAAGAGGUCUUCACUCUGUACCAUGACACUGAGCAACAAAUUUUAUAAUUUACUACAUUCUCUGUACUCAAAUGAAGUCAGGGACCAGAUAAUUUAGGAUUUUAACAGACCUGAUGUCCUGCAGACUCAAAUUAAUGCUGUCUUAACAAGCUUAGUUGUUUUCUUUACCUGGCAUAGCUGAUCAAAUGCCUUUGUGUUUAUACAGAAGUAUGUUUCAUUACUAAAGGAUUUUUCCCCCCAAUGGUUGGCAAAAAGGGAGUACACUGGAUGCACAAUUUUAUCCUGCAUAAUUUCCAGAGGACACAAAUGAACAUAAAGGCUUUAUUAAUGAUUAAAUGAGAUACAAAUGUCACAAAGCUGGGUCAUUUCAAUGGUGUUUUUAGUAAAAAUACUUUGAUACAUUCUGUACAAUGACUCUAUACAUUUAGGAAGGCAUCACCUAAAAUAAAAUUCUUGAAAUUAUGGCCAAAAUAAUAAAAGAAAAUCAUUACCAAAAAAAAAA